UUGUGGCAGUAGCAUACGUGGACAUACGUUGUCGUGACGCUCGUUGAUUCUGGUCAGUCAAAUCUAGUGCCGCACAACUCUCAUUAGUACGGACUAACGGGAAGAUGGCACCUAAACAGAGAAUGCGUAUCGCCAACGAAAAAGCCACGAAGAACAUUACUCUACGCGGAAAUGUUCCGAAGUCGUCGAAAGCCCAGGAGGAAGGAUCGCCUGUGGGACCUUGGUUAUUAGCACUAUUUAUUUUUGUUGUCUGUGGAUCUGCAAUCUUCCAAAUUAUUCAAAGUAUCAGAAUGGUAUAGAACAAUCAAGUCUACAAGCACCAUGCUUCAACAUAAUUAUAACAUUAAAAUAAGGAAUGUUCUAUGUUGAUUCAACACGGAAUCCAUGCUCCUUUGGAGUUUGACUGAUGUUUUCACUAUAAAAAUGCAGAGCCUACAUGAUACCCCAUGGACUGAAUGGGUUUAUGAUUACAUCAUUGGAAGAUCAUUAAAUUGAAGAUAUAUAUUUUUCCUUCUUACAUCAGUUCAUAGUUUUGGAUUUAUAAUAUAGCAUUUAUAAGCGUUUAACAUAAUUGCAAUGGUUAAUAAUUAUGAAGUUAAAUCAUUGGUGGAAGGGUUGAUUAAAACAUUUAAUUAAAAUCGUAUGAAAAUAGUGAUCAUUGUUUGCGAUCGGAAGGCUCUGAAUUUUUUUACACGUUUUAUAAAUGUCAGUGGUAACUACUCAAUAUAUUUUUGAAGUGUAUAUUUGAAGAAGCAGGUAAUAAUAGGUAUAAUGUGCAGAUAGCAUGAAUUCUUCCACUGAUGUUGAUGUAGCAAAUAAUUGUAUAUAACAAAAAUAUUCAAUAAUGAUUUUUCUUGAGCAUUCCACACAGAGUGGAUGGUAGCAUUGCUUUUUUAUCGAUAAUUCUAGUUGAAAAUGGAACUAUUUAAAAAGCAUUCAACUGUCACAGGAUUGUGCGAGAACUAAAAGCUACCAACACUCAUGGUCUUCAUAUUUAAGUAAUAUUAUCAAUAAAGAUCGUUUUGUGAAAUAAUACUGCUUAAUAAUAAUUGAUUUUGUUUUGUAAUGAAGUGUAACCAAGUACCUCCAAAAAGAUAUUUACUGUUUUUAGCAAAAAAACUUGGUUGAUUGGUGCAAUUCUUGUUAAAAAUUGCUUUUUUUUUGUUAAUAAAAUCCCCUAUAAAAACA